AUGAGAUUUGAGGAUCUCUUAGAAGAGCUUGAUGGCUUUGGAAGGUUCCAGAAGAUGAUGGUGUUCCUCGGUUUUAUUGGUCGAUUCACGGUCCCAUGUCACUUCCUGUUAAACGUCUAUAUCAGUGCUAUCCCUGAACAUCACUGCGACCUUGGCUCUGUGGAUGGGAAUCUAACACAGGAGCAGAGGAUGACCAUCAGCAUUCCCAAACAGGAAGAUGGGACCUUCAGUUCCUGCCACAUGUUCUCAGAACCACAGUUCCAGCUUUUAGAUGAAGAGUCAAACUUCACAGAAGUUUCAGUUGUUGAAUGUCCAAUUGGAUGGACAUAUGAUAACAGCACGUUCAUCAGCACUUUAGCGACAGAGUGGGAUCUGGUGUGUGAGAACAGAGGGAUAAAUAAAGCCAUGGCCACCAUCUUCUUGGUCGGAGUGAUGUUAGGAGCAGCUAUAUUUGGCCAUUUGAGUGACAGAUAUGGCCGUAAGCCCAUGCUGCUGGUGUCGUAUGUGUUUGCAUUGUGCUUUGGGAUGGCAAGCGUGUUCUCCUCCUCCAUGAUCAUGUUUGCAGUGUUGAGGUUCUUCACUGGCCUGAGCAUCACUGGCCUCAUCACCAUCACCAGCGUGCUCAAUAUGGAGUGGGUGAAUAUAGAGAAAAGGAGGUUGGUGGGUUUAAUUGACAGUUUAAGCUGGACAUUCGGUUUCAUGGGACUUCCUGUCAUUGCGUACAGAGUGAGAGAUUGGAGAUGGCUGACCAUGACGGUCACUUUACCUCUCAUUGUGCCAAUAAUCAGCUGGAGGUGGGUUCCAGAGUCAGCUCGGUGGCUAAUCACUAAGGGUGACGUGGAGAAAGCUGAGUAUUACUUACAGAUAUGUUCUGUGAUGAACAAGAGAACAAGAUCCAACUCCAUCCUGAAACCAGAGGUUCUGUCCUCGAUCAUGUCAGGGGAAGGAAACAGGACGUACUCCUAUCUGGACCUGAUGAGGACCCCCAAAAUGAGGAGACUGGCUCUGAUGACUGGAAUGUGCUGGUGCAGUGCGGCUACCACUUUCUAUGGCAUCAGCUUUAACAUCCAAUACUUUGGUCUGAAUCUGUACCUGAGCCAGUUCCUGUAUUCUGUUGUGGAGAUUCCUGCAAAAUUCCUUACCUAUAUGUUGAUCGACCGGAUUGGACGGCAUCCCACUGAGAUGGGCAGUUUCCUGCUAUGCAGCUGCACACUCAUCAUUAAUGUCCUUACACCAAAAGAUCAGUGGAUUGUGCACUCAGUGUUUAGAGUGCUUGGUAAAGGUUUCAUCUCCGUUGCCUUUUCAACACUCAUCUUGUACUCCUCUGAACUUCACCCCACUGUCGUCAGACAGAAUGCGAUGGGCUAUAAUUCCUUUAUGGGGCGACUGGGCAUGGCUUUAGCUCCACUGAUCCUCCUACUGGAUGAUGUGUGGACUCACCUGUCACAGAUGAUUCUGUGCAUCAUUACACUGAUUGCAGGUGUGGUGGUGAGCCAGUUACCUGAAACGAAGGGCAGGUGUCUCCCUGAGACUAUAGAAGACAUCGAGGGGACAAGGCAAUGUCAUGUUGCAGUUCCUCUCCAGGAGAAAGGAGAGCAAGUGCAAGAAAAUGGACGUGAAGAACAAUAAGUUUUUCAUCUCAUCUCAUUAUCUGUAGCCGCUUUAU